AUGCCGACCCAGAGGGACAGCAGCACCAUGUCCCACACGGUCGCGUGCGGUGGCGGCGGGGACCAUUCCCACCAGGUCCGGGUGAAAGCCUACUACCGCGGGGAUAUUAUGAUAACACACUUUGAGCCUUCCAUCUCCUUUGAGGGACUUUGCAGUGAGGUUCGAGAUAUGUGUUCUUUUGACAAUGAGCAGCCGUUCACCAUGAAAUGGAUAGACGAGGAAGGAGACCCGUGUACAGUGUCUUCUCAGUUGGAGUUGGAAGAGGCUUUCAGGCUGUAUGAGCUGAACAAAGAUUCUGAACUCUUGAUCCAUGUAUUUCCAUGUGUACCAGAGCGUCCUGGAAUGCCUUGCCCAGGGGAAGACAAAUCCAUUUACCGCAGAGGGGCACGCCGGUGGAGAAAGCUGUAUUGUGCAAAUGGCCACACUUUUCAAGCCAAACGCUUCAACAGGCGCGCCCACUGUGCCAUCUGCACAGACAGAAUCUGGGGGCUUGGACGACAAGGAUAUAAGUGCAUCAACUGCAAACUGUUGGUUCAUAAGAAGUGCCACAAGCUGGUCACAAUUGAGUGUGGGCGGCAUUCUUUGCCACCGGAACCCAUGAUGCCAAUGGACCAGUCAUCCAUGCAUCCAGACCACGCACAAACAGUAAUUCCAUAUAAUCCUUCAAGUCAUGAGAGUUUGGACCAAGUUGGUGAAGAAAAGGAGGAUAUUGAUUGGGUGCAGACAGAGAAGCAUGUGUUCGAGCAGGCGUCCAAUCACCCUUUUCUUGUUGGGCUGCAUUCUUGCUUCCAGACAGAAAGCAGGUUGUUCUUUGUCAUAGAAUAUGUAAAUGGAGGAGAUCUCAUGUUUCAUAUGCAGCGACAAAGAAAACUUCCUGAAGAACAUGCCAGGUUUUACUCUGCAGAAAUCAGUCUAGCACUAAAUUAUCUUCAUGAGCGAGGGAUAAUUUAUAGAGAUUUGAAGUUGGACAAUGUACUGCUGGACUCUGAAGGACACAUUAAACUCACUGACUACGGCAUGUGUAAGGAAGGAUUGCGGCCUGGAGAUACAACCAGCACUUUCUGCGGCACUCCCAAUUACAUUGCUCCCGAGAUCUUACGAGGAGAAGAUUAUGGCUUCAGCGUUGACUGGUGGGCUCUUGGAGUCCUUAUGUUUGAGAUGAUGGCGGGAAGGUCUCCAUUUGAUAUCGUUGGUAGCUCUGACAAUCCUGACCAAAACACAGAGGAUUAUCUAUUCCAAGUCAUUUUGGAAAAGCAGAUUCGCAUACCACGUUCUCUGUCUGUAAAAGCAGCAAGUGUGCUGAAGAGUUUUCUCAACAAGGACCCAAAGGAACGAUUGGGUUGUCACCCUCAAACUGGAUUUGCUGACAUUCAAGGACAUCCAUUCUUCCGAAAUGUGGAUUGGGACAUGAUGGAGCAAAAGCAGGUGGUCCCACCCUUUAAACCAAACAUUUCUGGAGAAUUUGGUUUGGAUAACUUCGAUUCCCAGUUUACUAAUGAACCAGUCCAGCUCACUCCAGAUGAUGAUGACAUCGUGAGGAAGAUUGACCAGUCUGAAUUUGAAGGUUUCGAGUAUAUCAACCCCCUCCUGAUGUCUGCAGAAGAAUGUGUCUGAUUCUGCUUAUUGCCAUUUAGUGCAUGGAUCCGCCUGUUAGCCUGGUCACAGUUAGCAUUUUAUGUUGUCCCUACAGAAAUCUCUCUCGAUAUCCUGUUAGAGACUAUAGGAAUCAUACAGCUAAGUAGAGCUAAGAAACAGAAACUAGCUUCCUGACAAUCGUGUCAAACUCCAGAGGCUCCUUAUGAGGAAGGACCAUGUCUUUGUGUAAAGGAAACAACUCAGCUUGUCAGAGAAAGACUCUGCUGCUUUGUGACACACGGUGGGAUGACAUCAUCAGUCCCCCACAGUUGUUGUCACUUUGGGUUAAGUUACUGAAGGUUUAAUUGUGUAGUAGAAGGCCAUGCAGAGUACUGCAUGUGUUACUGGUUUCCGAGUUCCCUCAGUUUAAGAAUCCUCCUAUAAAUCUUCUCAUUACUUUGGGUAAUUAAAAAUAUUUAAGGAAGCAAUUAUCAAAUUCAUAUACAAUUGAUUUGUUUUAUUAAAAAUUGGGUUCUAAAUUAUUAGCUGUGUUUCAAAAACAGGCACAGUGAUGUAUUUUUUGUUUUUUAAUAAGGGGUUAGCUUCUGAGCUUGCCUUUUCAGUGAAAACUAGCACGCUAAUACAUGUUCAGAGACCCAGGAUGCAUAUGAAUGGACAGCUGCUCAUGUAAAGGAAAAGGUAGCUUCAGAAAGAACAAUGGUAGGAAUUUUAUUUCUUACCGGAGAAUAAAUCCUACAGUUUGAUGUUUACGAUUAAUGUAAAUAAUGAGGAGGCUCUCACUUCUUACCAACUUAAUAAACAUUGCGUUUAUUCAGGGGAGGCGGAGUGAAUAAUUUACCUUCUAAGUAGAAUGUCUUAACUGCUUUUGGUUCCUUGUUCAGAAUACAUUAUCUGUACUUUGACCUUUUCGUGAUGUCUGCAAUGAAAUUCAAGACCAGUGAUGAUGACCAUGGAUAACUAUGCAGCACACACACACAGUUCUAGCUCUUCCUGAGUUCUUAUGUCAUAGCUAACUUGUGAUACAGAGUAAAGUCCAUUUCCGGUUAGAGUUCUUCAGUUCUCCACAAUAUUUUUAUUAAUAGUAGUAUUUAGCAAUCUCUUAUUUAAAGAGAAGUACCAUUUUAAGCACCAUUCUGUUUAUUUUAAAUAUUUUUAUAUAAAGGACUUUAAAAUGUUCAUCUAAAUAAGCUACAGUUGUCAAAUCAGUAAAUUUAAUUUUAGGAAUGCUAUAUAGUGCUGAGCUUUUAGUGAUUUAAAACAUGUAGGCAUUUGAAAAUAUCUUUUUUGAGGAUGCUACAUUUCAUUAGAAGUGUAAGUCGUGUCAAGUUUGUGUCAUGUAUUUUCUUCAAAUACUGUAAGAGAGCAGUGAAAAACCUCCGCUGAUUAAAGCCAACUAGGGACCAUCAAGGUGGCACUUGCCAAAGCCUGAUGACCUGAUGCCUGGAACCCACGUGCUGAGAGGAACGGACCAGCUCCCACAGGCUGGCAGCCAUGGCGGGUGCACAGCCCUCCCUGCAGGGCAUAGAUGUGAGGGAGCAGACAGACAAGUGCAGUCAAGUAAGACAGACAAAUGCACAUUGCUGGGCAGAUGCUCGUGUGCAUUUCAUGUGGAGAAGUGUAUGUUUCCCCUAAGAUCUCACGGAUCUUAAAUCAAAAGGCAGCAUUCACAUCAUAAGCUGGUGGGGAGUCUGCAGUGUCAAUAUGCCUAUGACCUAAGUGGUGCUUCUCCCUGGGGGCAUUUUAGACUGAGAGUUGUUGAAGUGCAGUGUCCAGCCUGCCUGGGACUCUUUGAGGACUUCAUUUUGAGAAACAUUUUUUUCAAGUUAUUUUUUUUCUGGUGGCCAUAUUUCUUAUUGGAGUGUGAGUCUGUUUUUUGUGAUAAAAACAUUUUAAGAAGGGGUAAUCAAUGAAUUAUCAUGCAUUUGCCAACAAAUUUAGGUGAAUAAAUUCAAGUUAUAUGUCUUCCUUGUCCUCAUCCGCAAACAAAACCUGUACAUUUUCUGCCAGUAACAUGUAAAUGAUGAGUGUUUUUCUAUGAUGGGGUUUCAACCAUACUUAAUUGCAGUCUUUGUUUUUAAAUCUUUUUUUUAUUAUUGUUGUUAAAUAAUAAGACUUACUAUGUGUGUUUUAUACAAUUAUUACAAAUGAUUUUAAUUCAGUUCUAGUUUUCAGUCCUUAAGUGCCAUGCCAACUCUCUGUAUGUUAUGUAAAUGUUCUCUCAGAAUACUCACCAGGGAAAUGCUGAUCUGGAUGGGCAGAGUGAUGGGCACUUGGUGUCUUAGAAAUAACUUAUUUGCAUAAGCUUGUGAUCAAUUUAUCACAAAGAAAUUUGUUUUAAUUUUUGUCAUGUAGAACACUGCCUUGUUCACUAUAAUAUAAUCUGUAUUUGUAUAAUUUUUUUACAUUAAAAUCUUUAAAUAAAAUGUUUAAUACCUA